AUGCCUUUUUAUGCAAGUCUUGACGCGACUUAUGAAAGAGGAUUUGGCCAUGAGAACAAUUAUAUUUUUGCUCUACAACAAUACAAAGUAGAGUCGACCAAAAGCGCCCUUAGCGCUGCUGAAAGGGGGGAAUACAGUAUUAUCUCCCUAGAUGGUCAUGGCCUGGGUGGCCUUUGUGGUAAUGGCAUCCGUGACGAGUUUCUGGUUGAGCUAGAUCAAAACGACCAGGAUCAGGAGCCAACUGUGGAAGAUACGGCGAAAUUCGUUGAGCUCGGGGUCAAAAGCCAAUUGGAAAGAGAGAAUAGGUGGCUGAAGCGAUUGCAGGACAUGAAAAAUGCGGGAAUUUUGACAUUGUUGGGGAGACGGUGGUCUGAGCGGCGCCAGUUUGAAUUUUUGACAAAUCUCAGAGAGCUGGAUGAAGGGGCAUAUCAGGGAAUGUUCGAAUUAUUGAAACAAGUGGUAGAACUUGCGCACUUGAAUUCAGGUUCCAUUACUUGGACGGCAUUGCUUGUGCCGAGAGAGUGA